AUGUCUCGCCGCAACAGCAGUGUCGUAGCUAUCGACUCCGAAAAGGCACGCCGCCUAUCACUCGCUGUCCCGGACAUCAAACAGGUUGCCCACGAUGCCGGCAACGCAACUCGAUCAGAGCAGCAGAUGACCUUGCGACAGGGUAUCAAGUUAUACCCAAAGGCCAUCGCCUGGUCGGUCCUGCUCUCCGCAGCCAUCAUUAUGGAAGGCUUCGACAAAGUCUUGAUCGCCAAUUUGAUGGCAGUUCCUGCUUUUAAGCAAAAGUUUGGCGUACAGCUCGCCAAUGGCACCUUCGAACUCACCGCCGCCUGGCAAGCUGGCCUGACAAAUGGUGCAUACGUCGGAGAAUUUACAGGUCUCCUCCUGAACGGUCUCAUUGCGGAUCGUUUCGGGUACAAGAAGACGAUGAUCGGUGCGCUAUUUGCCGUCAACUUCUUCAUCUUCAUCGUCUUCUUUGCACAGAACAUUGUCAUGCUCCUGUGUGGUCUCAUCUUGUGUGGUAUUCCAUGGGGUGUCUUCCAGACCUUGACCUGCACCUACGCCGCCGAAGUCGUACCGGUUCCGCUCCGCCCAAUUCUUACAACAUACGUCAACCUUUGCUGGGUUAUCGGUCAGUUCCUCGCCUCAGGCGUUCUCAAGGGUGUAGCCGAGCGCCCCGACCAAUGGGCAUACCGCAUUCCAUACGCCCUGCAGUGGCUCUGGCCGCUCCCGUUGAUGAUUGGUAUCUCGUUCGCACCCGAAUCGCCGUGGUGGCUUGUACGAAAAGACCGCUACGAUGAAGCGAAGAAGAUGUUGAUGCGUCUGACGUCGCCCGAGAAGCUGCCGGACUUCAACGCCGACGAGACCAUUGCUAUGAUGCGUCACACCAACGCCAUGGAAAUGGCAGUAUCUGAAGGUACUUCAUACUUGGACUGCUUCAAGGGCACUGAUCUUCGACGAACCGAAAUUGCUGCCAUGGCGUGGUUUACACAGGCUUUCUGCGGAGCAGGCCUCAUUGGUUAUUCAACAUACUUUUUCCAGCAAGCAGGCCUUAGCGACGCGGAUGCCUUCUCCAUGAGUCUAGGACAAUAUGCGAUCGGUGGAGUUGGUGUCUUCAUGGCCUGGAUCUUGAUCCAACGUGUAGGACGCCGCACUUUGUAUGUUUACGGCGAUCUCGUCAUGGUCGUGCUGUUGUGCAUCAUUGGAGGUCUCGGCUUCAUUCCAGCUGGAAACGUUGGUGCGCAAUGGAGUAUCGGCGCUAUGCUUUUGCUUUUUGCUGCCGCAUACAACUGCACAGUUGGACCUGUCUGUUACUCCAUCGUCGCAGAAAUCCCAUCCACCCGUCUUCGCCAAAAGACAGUCGUCUUAGCGAGAAACUUUUAUAACUUCGGUUCCAUCAUCGGCAACGUCAUCACCCCACGUAUGCUCAACCCUGGUGCUUGGAAUUGGGGCGCAAAGAGUGGCCUCUUCUACGCUGGAACUUGCUUCUGCUGCUUCAUCUGGGCGUUCUUCCGUCUUCCUGAGCCAAAGGGCCGAACUUACGGUGAGCUCGAUCUUCUCUUCGAGAAACGUAUUCCCGCUAGGAAGUUCAAGAGCACAGUCGUCGACAGCUUUCAUGUUAGUGAUACCGAAAGCGACUAUGCUGAAAAGAAAGGCGUCUCGACACAUCUUGAGCAGGUCGACUCUAGAGAUGCUGCUUGA